AUGCCGACAUCAGCGUCAGCAGUGGAACCAGCCCUCGGCGGUGGACCGACUAGGAACCUCGGCGUCACUCCACCCAUCGCUACCAACGGACCUACUUCGAGAGAGAUAGAGGUAACUAAGACGCUGGUUGCCGAGCUCGAAAAGCAGGGAGUUUUUGAAAGCGAUGAAGAGAGCAAGAUUCGCGAGGUAAUUUUGGGCAAGCUAGAUGCUAUGGUCAAGGACUUUGUCUACCGCGUUUCAAUAUCCCACGGCAUGUCAGAAACGCUUGCCCGCUCAGCGGGCGGCAAGAUCUUCACUUUCGGCUCCUAUCGUCUCGGUGUGCACGGACCAGGAUCCGAUAUCGAUACGCUCUGCGUCGUUCCCAAGCAUGUUCAACGCGAAGAUUUUUUCUCGGUCUUUGAAAGCAUGCUAAAGGAGCGCGAGGAAGUCACUGAGGUAGCAGGUGUCCCCACAGCACACGUGCCCCUAAUUGCGGCAAAGUUCAUGGGCGUCGAUAUCGACUUCACCUUUGCUCGUCUAGCAUUACCCAGGGUCGAAGACAAUCUUUCACUCGAAGAUGACAACCUGCUGCGCAACCUAGACGAACGCGAUGUACGAAGUUUGGGUGGCUCGCGAGUGACGGAUGGUAUUCUGCGACUGGUACCCAACAUUCACGUCUUCCGUAUGGCGCUUCGAUGCAUCAAGCUCUGGGCACAGCGCCGUGCCAUCUACUCGAACGUCAUGGGGUUUCUAGGCGGUGUUGCAUGGGCCAUGUUGACCGCUCGAAUCUGCCAGCUCUAUCCCAACGAAGCGGCGGGUGCCAUUGUCUCGCGCUUCUUCAUCAUUCUCUACCAGUGGAAGUGGCCUCAGCCUGUGCUGCUGACGCAGAUCGAAGAUGGGCCUCUGUCGGUGCGCGUGUGGAAUCCCAAGCUCUACCCGUCGGAUCGACUUCACCGCAUGCCAAUCAUCACUCCAGCUUAUCCAGGCAUGUGUGCAACCCACAACGUAUCUCAGUCGACGCAGAUGGUCAUGACCUCUGAGUUCAAGCGUGCAGCUGAGGUAGUCGAUCGCGUCAUUAUCGGCAAGACCAACUGGGACGAGUUGUUUGCCAAGCACGACUUUUUCUUCAAGUAUAAAUACUAUCUCCAGGUCAUCGCCUCUUCAGGAUCUGCAGAUCUGCAGCUCAAGUGGCACGGUACCGUCGAGUCCAAGAUUCGUCAGCUCGUAAUGAAGCUCGAGCUGGUGCCGACCAUCACAUGCGCACAUCCCUUUAUCAAGGGAUUUGAUCAGGUGUCAGAAUGCUGGAACGACCAUGAAGUUCGGCUCGUUGCUACGGGCGAUAUUCCGGAAGAAGUGGCACAACGAACGCAAAAGGUCGCAGCUCUGCCCGAAACGGACGAAGCCAAGCAGGCUGCGGCGGAAGAAGCCGCCAGAGUGACUGAAGGGAAGGAGGGUCACCGAAUGAUUUACACUACCACUUUUUACAUUGGUCUCAGCAUUGAACCCAAGUUGGCCGGCGAAGGUCCCCGCAAGCUCGACAUCAGCUAUCCCACCGCUGAGUUUACAGGGAAGGUCAAGCAGUGGGAGCAGUACGAUGAGGCUUCGAUGGGCAUUGUCGUGCGUCACAUUAAGUGGACGCAGCUUCCGGGAUACGUGUUUGAAGGCGGCGAGAACCGUGUCUCUGCCGCAGCGGUGAGCAAGGUCAACGGCAAGCGGGCCAAAUCCGGCAACAAGAAGAAGAACGGCAGCGAUGCUACUACUAGCGUUGGUGCUCAGGCAGCUACAGGGCAGACGAAUGGCACAUAUGCCGAUAGCGACACCCUGACGGCUGUAGACAAUGGUGAUGCCGAAAUGGCUUCGCCGACCAAAAAGCAACGCAUCGUUCCCGACACCCUAGGUGCUACAGCGUCAACGCCUACACUCCCACUGCAAGCAGAAACCGCCUCGAAAGAGCUCGAAAACUUCCAGCUCGCUACCGGCAAUCAUCCCAUCGCCGCUUCUACAAAUACUGCAGCCAACCGCUGA